AUGACUGCGACAUCCAGCAUCGAUCUCAUCAACCUAUGCAGGUCCAUCUCGAAGCGCACAGGAGCUUGUGAGGCCGCUGCAGAUGACCUAGCCGAACGAGAUGAACAGCAUGUUCUUGAGCUCAAGACUAUAUCAUCUGGUCUUGAGGAGCUGAAGCGCAGACUUGCUGAAUUGGAAGAGCUCCUCCGUACCAAACCCGACAGCCGUAAACUCCGCGACACUCGAGAGACCCUCACUCCGCUCUUCACGAUUUAUGAAACGGUACUGGAAGUUCUACGUAUGCAAUUGGCUAGUUGGCAGCCAGAGAAUACAGCGGGAUCAGACAGCGCAUUCUUGAAGGCACAUGAAGGCUGUCUUGUUGUUUACAACUACAUGCUCGAAGUUUGCACUCCCCUCGUCAAGAAGGACGGAUCUUUUGGGCCAUCAGGCGCAGCCUUUUUCACCCAUCAAGCUCAAGAAGCAGUAAAGUCGGCUAUGAACCAAAGACUUGUGAAAGCAGGUAAAGAUACUGCCAUAAAGGAAAAAAUGUCCAACAGCGAGAAAAUGCCUGUCGCGGAAAAAGAAGUAGCGCCACCUUCGUAUCCAGAGCCUGUAUCAACAGCAACAUCGUCGCCCAUAGCAUCACCAUCAACGUCUUCACCACUCGUUCAAAGUCCUGUAAACAACUGUCGCCGCCCCAAAGGCUCCUCGUUCUUCAGAGCCCUUACGUCAGGCUUCCGCAAGCAUGAUCCAUUGGUCUCAACGCUCUGUCAAGCCGCCGCUCUUGGGGACGAGCAACAAGUCUCCGGCCUAAUCACCCAAGGUGGAAACGUCAACGGUCGAAACGAAGAUGGGGAUACACCACUAAAGUGCGCCAUAAGAUACGAUCAAGUUGGAACCGCUCGUAUUCUUCUACAAGCUGGAGCACAAAGCAACAAGCUACCGCCAUUAUUCAAGGCUGCUUCUGUCGGAAGUCUCAAGAUCGCGAGGAUGCUUAUAGAUUCAGGCGAAAGUGUACACGGCAAAUCAAAAACUGGGAAGCCGUACUUCGUUGAUGUUGCUGCUAAAGGCAACCUCGACGGUAUCAAGUUUCUCCUUGAGAAUGGAGCUCCAGUUAAUGCAAAGAACGAGAGACGAGAGGAGGUCAUUGUCCAGGUCGUCAAGACCGACAACAUCGAGAUUACCCGCCUUCUUCUUGCGCACGGGGCCAACGCAUGUGCAAAGGAUGCAAUAGGCGAGGAGAUCAUUGUAUACGCUGUUAAGAAGGGCAAUGUCGAACUUGCCAACAUCCUCCUCAGUCACGGCGCCGAUCCCAAUGCCGAAAGUGCUAUUAAACAGACCAUUCUCUACACAGCAGUUCAGAGUGGCAACGCUGACAUGGUUGGGCUGCUCCUCGACAAGGGCGCAAGUGCGAGGCUGUUGAAUAUUCUUGGAACGAGCAUCCUAGAGGCUUCUAUUGGAAUGAAGAGAUUCCAGAUCGUGAAGAAACUUGUCGAAGGAGGUGCUGAUGUUGAGGGUACGGAUGCACAUCAGCAACCUAUUCUCAUCAAGGGUUAUCAGGAACCCGUUUUUGAAUAA